AAUCGCAUAAGAAGAAGAAGCAGAAAAAAAGAAUUUUUUGUGAGAAAGUACAAGUCAAUUUUGUAAUAAUUUAAAGUGUGUUUCGAAAUGUAUAAUGGAUAACAGGCAGCACCAUUCAAAUAAUGUACUAGUGCCAGAAUUGUACUUCCUGAUAUCCAAAUAUCUGGCAGCGGGACCGCUGAAAGAGACAGCAAAGGUAUUGGUUCAGGAGUUGGAGCAAAAGCAGGUUCUGCCCCGACGCAUUGACUGGCAGGGCAAUGAGCACGAGCAGACCUUUGCUGAAUUGGAAGAUAAGUACCGGCACAUCAGUUCAAAUCAUUUGCUGGAAUUAUGCAGUCGUCUGGGACCACUUAUGGAUCGGGAGCUGGCCCCAAGCGUGCUAGGUAUAAGUUCACUUCUAGGCUCUGGGCGGCAGAGCUUGUUACGCACAAAAGACACCGUCUACAAACACCGUACUCAGCUGGAUUAUAUCACACGCCUCAAUGCCGUCUCACUGCCAGACUCUGCAAUCACACUAACCCCACAUAAUCUAACUAAAGUGCUCACGGGGCGGGAAUAUGGAGGAUCAGUGCGUCGUAAGUUACUCGUGCCCACGGGUCUCUAUGGAAAGAUUAAACUUUUGCGUCGUACCGUUGGCCAUUUGUCCUCGGUGUACUGUGUGCUCUUCGAUCGAACCGGUCGUUACAUUAUAACUGGAGCUGAUGACUUACUCAUUAAAAUUUGGUCUGCUACGGAUGGACGUCUGUUGGCCACUCUGCGAGGCGCUUCCGCGGAAAUUACAGAUAUUGCCAUUAAUUUGGACAAUACCAUGCUUGCUGCUGGAUCUGUGGAUCGCAUAUUACGGGUUUGGGACAUGCAAACCACAUCGCCCAUUGCUGUGCUAGCUGCACACACUGGCAUGGUAACCUCGGUAAAUUUCUGUCCUUCUCCUCGUAGCGAUCUGAAGUACUUGGUAACAACCAGCACAGAUGGUUCAAUUGCUUUCUGGCAAUACUCGACGCCACGUGGUCAGAAAAUAACUUUUGCUCCAAAACCCACACAAUAUCACGAGAAGUUGCGCCCGGGACAAGCGCAAAUGAUGUGCACAACUUUCUCUCCGGGGGGCAUGUUUUUGGCCGCCGGUUCGGCAGAUCAUCAUGUACGUGUCUAUAUGAUGGGAGAGGAUGGGCCGAAGCGCAUUUUGGAAACGGAAGCCUAUACAGAUGCUGUGGAUUCGGUACAGUGGUCACAUCGGGGACUGCGGUUCAUAUCUGGCAGCAAGGAUGGCACAGCUCACAUUUGGACCUUUGAGUCGCAGCAGUGGAAGAGCGUAAAGCUGUGUAUGACCGAACGGCUCCGAAGUUGUCCAGAGCCAGAGGAAGGCAAAAAACUAAAAGUUACCAUGGUUGCGUGGGAUGCAUCGGACAGAUAUGUUAUUACUGCCGUCAAUGAUUUUACUAUUAAAAUAUGGGAAUCCAAAACUGCCAAGCUUCAUCGCGUACUGCGUGGUCACAAGGAUGAAUUGUAUGUACUUGAAUCGAAUCCAAAAGAUGAACACGUCUUGCUCUCUGCCGGUCAUGAUGGCCAAGUAUUUCUUUGGGACAUUGAGCAGGGCAUAAGUGUGGCCCGAUUCUUUAAUGAUAUUGAUGGCCAGGGCCAUGGCAGUGUAUUCGACGCCAAAUGGUCGCCGGACGGGACAAUGAUUGCAGCCACCGAUUCACACGGACACAUUUUAAUUUUUGGCCUGGGUAUUGGGGUGGAGAAGUACAAAAUUCUGCCCAAUGAAUUGUUUUUUCACACGGAUUUUCGUCCACUCCUUCGCGAUGCCCAACACCACGUUGUAGACGAACAAACGCAGAUUAUGCCGCAUCUUAUGCCACCACCAUUUCUCGUCGAUGCCGAUGGCAAUCCGCACCCGGCCAAGUAUCAACGCUUUGUACCAGGCCGGGAGACUUGCAGCACGGAUCAAUUGAUACCCAACCUAACAGUCGGUAUCGAUGGCAUUGUUAUUGAAGAUAACGUAAAUGCCACUGUAAAUGCGGGUGCUCCACCGGCUCCAUCGGCAGCAAACGCGAAUUUCUUGCACAUUGAUCGCAUGAUUGCCGCUCUAGCCAAUCGUCAGGGUAAUGCCAAUACUAAUGAUUCAGCAGCCAGCAAUGCGAAUCAAUCAUACGAACGUUUGGUGUUGCGGCAGGGACAGGAUCAACUACCAGAUUCGAAUGGCAGGAACCCAUCGCGGGGUAGUUUGCCCGGAGCUGGUAAUGUACUUGGUGGUGCGAGCGGCAGUAACGCGUUUGGCCGACGCCACAUGUCUGAAGCCGCCAGUACGCCACGCCAAGGUGUACAAUGGGGCCGUCCUCCAUCGGAGCAACAGCAACCGCCAACCCCCCAACCUCCAGCGCAGCCAUUGCCAAUAAAAUUUGUGCGUCGUACUUAUGUACGUCCGCUUAAAUAUGGACAACUACAAGCCCUUAAGCACACCAUCUACUCUGCCGGCCAGUUCGAGAUACAGGAGUACAAGCGUGAGAUGCGUCGACGGCCGAUUAUGAUCAACACUGCCAGUGCGGCCUCGGCACAACAAGCCGGAGUUGGACGUCCACGAAAUACACGGUCCAAUGGUGCCGGUCGUCCAGGGCGCCGGCGUGGCGCACAGAGUGGACAACAACCCGCAUAUCGUACCCGUGCUGUUCGGGAUCAAGAGGCACAUUAUGAUGAUGAUGCGGCGCCUGCGCAUGAGGAGGAGGAAGAAGAGGACACGUCGAACUCAUCUGGUGAUACCAGUUAUUCGAAUGUUGAAGAAAAUUUAGAAGAUUCUAGCGAUGAAUCCGAAACAGAUAGCUCAGAUUAUUCCGAUUGGGUCGCUGAUACACCUGGACCAAAUUUGGAGCCACCAAAACGUUCGAAACGCAAGCCUCUCUCACGACGUCGGACUGUCAGUGAUGACAGCAGCGAUGACGAGGCUGCUGGUGAGGGACAGACGCAGGCUCAAUCACGAAAGCGUGGCCGCAAACGUGUGUUGAUACCCCCUGCGGCACCGAAUGGCGAAAUACCCGAGCUUUAUCGACCUGCCGAAUGGCUGUCGGAAGUGAUACCACGCAAGGCGCCCUACUAUCCACAAAUGGGCGACGAGGUGGUGUACUUUCGACAGGGCCAUCAACGCUAUUUGGAGGCAGUGCGUUUGAAAAAGGUUUAUAAACUGUCACACAGCUCGGAGCCUUGGAACUUUCGCACUUUGCGUGAUCACGAGUUAGUUCGCGUGAUUGGCAUUAAAUACGAGAUACGUCCGCCACGUUUGUGCUGCCUGAAGCUGGCCAUGAUCGAUGAUGACGGCAAUAUGACGGGUACUACAUUUAAAAUCAAAUAUCACGAUAUGCCCGAUGUACUGGACUUUUUGGUGCUGCGUCAGACCUUCGAUUUGGCGGUGCAGCGUAAUUGGAGCAUUGGCGAUCGGUUUCGUUGUAUGAUCGGCGACGGAUGGUGGAUGGGACAGAUUGAAUCACGCCGUGCGCUGUCUGCCGAUUUUCCCGAAUCCUUUUUCAUGUGCUUCCGCGUGCGUUGGGAUAAUGGUGAAUACGAAUAUAUGAGUCCAUGGGAUAUGGAACCAGUAGAUGAGGAGCGACUGCCCGAUGAGGUGGGAGGUGCGGUACCCGUUCUACCGGAGGAAAUUCGUGCCACACUGUAUCAGCCGAAGUCAGAGGAAUGGCAUCGCGGUGAUCGCGAUGGCACCUGUCGACGCAUUAUCAAUGGACUUGAGCAGGUCAUGCGGCUUUCCAUUGCUGAGCACUUUCUUGCACCCGUGGACUUAAACAUAUAUCCCGACUAUGCUUAUUUGAUUGAGUAUCCCAUCGAUUUGACGACCGUUAAGUCUCGUUUCGAGAAUCACUUCUACAGGCGCAUCACAACUGCCCAAUUCGAUGUGCGAUACCUUGCUACCAACGCCGAACAAUAUAACCGCCGUCAUACAAGUAUUGUCAAGCAUGCCAGAAUUGUGACGGACUUGUGCUUGCGCAUCAUAAGGGAACCGGAUGAGAUUGAUGUGGCUGCCGUUUACCACCAGCUCGUAGACGUUUAUCAUUCGUCAGAGUCAGAGAAUGAGGUCGACUCUGAUGUUGUGCCAUCGACUAGCACAGGGCCCACUACGUCGGCGGCAGCAGCAGCAGCACGACAACGUGUGUCCUCAACGCGACGCUCAAAUCGUAUACGUUCCGAUGGCGAUUGGCGAUCCGAUUGCCGACAGCUUUUGGAUCUAAUGUGGACUCGUCCGGACUCACUGCCCUUUCGUGAGCCUGUUGACACAAUUGAGUUUCCCGACUAUUUGGAAAUUAUUGCCACGCCUAUGGACUUGCGCACAGUCAAAGAGGAUUUGCUUGGUGGCAAUUAUGAUGAUCCGCUAGACUUUGCCAAGGAUGUGCGCUUAAUUUUCCAGAAUUCGAAGAACUACAAUACCAAUAAACGUUCACGGGAUAACAUAGCGAUCUAUUCAAUGACGUUGCGUCUGAGCGCUCUGUUCGAGUCUCACAUCAAGACUGUGGUCAGUAAUUGGAAGGCGGCGCGCCGACGAGCCAAUAAAAACAAAUCCGGCAGCAGUGGACGUGGCUCAAGCAGUCCAGCAAAACGCACUCCUACGGAGCGCACACGUGCAGCUGGACCCUCCACGCGCCGCAAUCAGAAAACCACUGCCAGAACACACAGUGAAGAUGAUGACGAUGAUGAUGAUGAUGAGGAGGUGGCGGCGGAGGCAGCUAUAGCAACUACGCGCGGCACUCAGCGCACCCGCCGUCGCAAUGGAGCGACUAUCACUGCCAGCAUCUCAGGUUCCAAUCGCGUCACAUCCUCGUCAUCAGCAGCGGCAGCCCACCAGCGCCGAAACGGCGCCAAUGUGAAUAAUGCAUCGACUCAUGAAAGCAGCAGUAAUUCUGAGAGCGAAGAAGAGGAAACCAGUGCACAGGCCACUUCUGAUGCAAGCAGCGAUGAGGACGAUGAGGAAGAAGCACAUGCUGACUCCCCGGAACAACGAACACGCCGUCCCGGACGAGGUCGUGGGGGAGGAGGCCAUCGCCGGAGAGUUAGUGACGAUGAAGAAACUGCAAAUGACUCUGAAGAGAGCUACAAUCCCAAUGAUCGCCGACGCAGACGUCGCGGAGGCGUAAGCAAUGCAGGUGGUAGAAAACGCAAAGCUGAUAGCGCUCGUCGUAGCAAUAAGCGACGUCGGCAGGAAGAACAAACGUCCAACAAUCGCGCUACGGGAGCGCCAACACGUCGCACACGUCGAUUGCUGGGCAGCUCCGAUGAGGAUUCUCAUGCUUUAGCCCACAAGUCAGCCUCAUAUUCACAGCCAGACGAGAGCACACAGGACACAUUGACCAGCACGCCACGGAAAAAAGGAAGAUCGGCCAGAUUAAGUAAUGGACCCAGCACAAGUGCAGCGGCCGCUGCAGCAGUUACCGAGACUCUUAACUACGCCAGCCCCUCCCGCAAUACGCGCGCCAAUGGUGGCGCUGGUCUGAACGGUGGACGUCGUCCGCAGCUUGCAACUGAGAACGAUCACAGCUAUCAUUUGCCUGUACGCAAUGGACGCAUUAUCGAAUCGGAUACGGACUCACAUGGCCAAAUGGCCAGACCCACGCGACAGAGUGUCAAGCGUGCACUCAUGGAUUGGGCGCGUGGCAGUGAUAUCGAAGAGGAGGAAGAGGAGGAAAGCGAAGAGGCUGAAGAGAUUCUACCCACCCCAACAAAAGAUGACAUGCCCUCGACAAGUCGUGCCGCCCUGGGAUUAGUUACCAGCGGAGUGCCUAGCUCACGCCAGUUACGCACCAAUCGCAACACCGUCGUCAGUCAUGCCGAGAGCGAUGACGAUGAUGACGACAGUGACAAUGCGCCUUUGGCCAGUAAUCAACAGAAAACUGCCUCCUCAUUAGCUAGAACGAACGCUCCAGCAGCGCCACAUCCACUUGUGCUGCGUCGACGUGCGCAAACACCAACGCACAUGACUCGUUCCCAUGCGACCUCCACAACAACUUCAUCGAGUGCAGUCGCUGGUCCCCCUUCCAGUCAGCCCGGGAUGACCACCCAUGAUCACAAUUACCUAGGCAGCGUUUCUGCGGCUGCUGCACGAGCGCCACGUCGCGUGCUCUCGCGUCAUCAACGUAAUGCAGAUGAACUGGAUUCUAGUUUGGAUCCGUUAGAGAACUCACGCCUGCUGGCAGUCAUCACAAAUCACCGUCGCCCCACAUCGACUACUACAACCGCCACUACAACAAGCACAACAAAUCCGUCGCCUAGCGCGCGAACGCGACGUCUGCGUGUGCGCAACAGUCAGUCGCAGACCGAGGCCACCGAAGAAGAAGAGGACGAGGAGCACGACGAUGAUGCAGCUUCGGACGAGGGAACCGAUGGCGGCUCUAGUACGCAGGCAAGCGAUGAUGAUGAGGAAGAAGCUACUGCCACCGAUUCGGAAGACAAUCAACCCCUGACCUCCUACGUUGCCCCGCGAAACGGACGGGUCACCCGCAAAAGAAAAGAAACGCCCCCGCGAGAUCGCAGAACCCGUCGUCAAAAUCCAAGGCAGCCACAGCGCAGCAGCCGAGAACGUCGACGUCGCGCGUUGUCUGAAAAUUCAUUCAUCAAUGAUGACGAGGACGAUGAAGAUUAUAAAAUGCCACGCCAACGCCGUGGAAAUCCUCGAAGCGGACGGAAUCAGAAACGCCCCCGCUACAAUGAGCAGUCCGAUGAGGAGGAACAGCAUGCCCAGAGCAGUCGCAAACGAAUGCGCAACGGAGGCGGCGACUCCUACGCUGGUACAUCUCAUGAACCCACGGACGACAACCCCGACGAUGAGGAUCAGGAGAAUGCUGAGGGCAGCAGCGCCAUAGACAGCGACGAGCAGCUUGUGAGUGUCAGUAGUCGCGGUCGUGUACGCAAAAUAUCGGCCAAGAUGCGCGGCCUAUUCAAGGAAUGAAAUUGGGCGUUGGCCUUGCGCGCUCAAGACUGUUUAUGUAUAAAUUAAUUCUUAAAAACAAACAUGAAAUUACAAUUUUUCUAAACUGG